UGGCUGCAGUUUGAAGUUUGGCAUAUGCUUCGGCGCAACGGGAACAAACAAAAUAAACCAAACCAGCAACAAGUGUGAGCAACAAACGUAUCUACCUAAUUACCUUAAAUUCAAUAAGGUUCCGAUUACCACAAACAUGUUAUCCGGAACAGCUGUAGUGCGGUGCGUAGGCUUCCACAUUCGACGUUAUUCAAGCAGAGGUUAUUGCUCCUUGAUUUCAACGAGCCGCACGUGCCACAGCAUCGAUAUAUCAGCAGGAAGUAAAGAUGAAAUACAGCGAGGCGUGUUUUUCCGUUCGAUGAAUGACAAAUUCCGAACGUUCGCCACUACCGCAAGCCCGAACGAUUGCGGUGGAAAUCGGUUUGCGCCGGCCUGCAUUGAACCGCAACUCGUAGCCACUACUGCAGACAUCGACGAUCUACCGAACCACCCCGAAAAGCUUCUGAUUGAUGUGCGCGAACCAUCGGAAUUGGCCGCUACAGGUCAAAUACCAACCAGCAUCAACAUUCCACUUAAAACUAUACGUACUGAGCUAAACCUCAGCCCGGAAGCAUUCGAAAAGAAGUAUGGACGUAAGAAACCUGCCACCAAUGAACCGAUCAUCUUCACCUGCCGCUCGGGAGUGCGUGCAGGACAAGCGGCACAGGAAGCGGAACAACUAGGUUACAAGAAUGUAAAGAAUUACGUCGGAUCUUGGAUGGAAUACGCAGCCAAACAUGACUUGCCAGUUUAAUCAGAAGCUCGGAAGAAACCAGUUUUUUUGCGUUGUACCUCAAAACUUCGAGUACAAUUCGUUAAGCGAACAAAGUGUGAAGUAGAACAUCCCUUCUCGUUUAAUAAACAUUAUUUGAACUGUUCUCUGCAUAAAUAA